AGACAGGGGUGUUGCUUCUUCAGUCGGCUGUCCAAAACAGGAGCGCUGCGCUGUGCUGCGCUGUUCCGAGAUAGUCUGCGAGCCGACAGGAGAGGUGUGGUUCGCGACGUUCCUGCAGGGAACGCUGGAGUAGCAGCGGCAGUCGGAGGCGAGGCGAGGGGGUGUGUACACACGCCCGCCCAACCUCUUCUGUGGCACCGAGCUGGGAGCGCAGGGCGCAGUGGGGCAGAUCUGCAAUCAACAUGGAAGCAGGAGGGUCGUUUGGAGCUGGCAGAGCCGGGGGUGCCUUCGAUCCCGUCGCCUUUGUCAAGCAGCCGCAGACCAUUCUACGAAUACUCUCCUGGAUUUUCUCAAUAGUGGUUUUUGGCUCCAUAGUCAAUGAGGGCUAUGUUAACAGUGGUAGCGAAGUACUCCACUGUGUGUUCAACAAGAAUGAGGACGCCUGCAACUACGGCAUCACAAUUGGCGUCAUUGCAUUUUUUGCUUCCAUGAUGUUUUUAGCCCUGGACAUAUACUUUCCCCAAAUCAGCAGUGUAAAAGACAGAAAAAAAGCUGUCCUCCUGGAGCUAGGAUUUUCAGGUUUCUGGACAUUCCUGUGGUUUGUAGGAUUCUGCUUUUUGGCCAACCAGUGGCAGCGUACAUCUUCAGAAGGACUUGUUCUGAAUCAGGGGGCAGAUGCUGCCCGAGCUGCCAUUGCCUUCUGCUUCUUCUCCAUUCUGUCUUGGGCUGGCAUGACCCUAAAGGCACUGCAGAGAUACCGGCUGGGCACUGACAUGUCCCUAUUUGCCACGGAUCACCUCAAUGGCAAUCCCAAUGUUGAACCCUACCCUGGCUAUCCAACAGGAAGCGGCAUUGAGACCAGGGACACCUACCAGAGUCCUCCGUUUACUGAGAAUCUAGGCACCAACCCCAAGGGAUACCAACUGCCAACCUACUAAAAGGCCAAAGGUCAAGCAAGACCACAGAAACCUUCAUUUGACCUGUCUGUAGCACAGUAAAUAUGUCUUUGGCGGAUAACUGCAAGUUUCACGUGAAGUUAACUUCUUAAUGUGGCCAGUCGCUGAUGGUUUACCAUGUUUCUAGGCUGUUGUGCAAUGACUUCUGUACAAGUGCAUUAUGUUGGUUGUAAAUCCAUCUUUGUCCAGGUAUUUAUGCACUAGGUAGGCUAGGUGGUGCCCAUAACCCUGUUCUGUCUGCUGAUUAUGUUAUAGAUCCAGGAAUGGAGAGAGUGAGACGAAAAGCUCCUCUGCUUGUGUGUAGAGAUGGUUGUUUUGUUUCAUGUCUUAGUUCUAUCUACCUAUCUAGCUUCUAGCUAGCACAGAAAAUUGAUUUUGUAUUUACUUGAAAGGUCUACAGAUUUUAUACUGAACCUGACCCUGGCAGUAUAGAAAAUUAUACUUUGAAUUGGGAUGUGUCCACCUCACGGGCUCUGUCUUUCUGUGUCAUGUCCAUCCAGGAGCUGCAGGUCAUUCUAAUUUGCACAUAGAGAGCCAACUAUGUGUAACUAAAGUGUGACCUCAUGUUCAAGGAGACCACAGUAGUACCCUUCAAAUUAUGUUCAUCAGGUUGAUCUCUUUUGAUUUGUACAACUUGGAUAUAAACAGACCUGGUGACAUUUUGAAACUUUGUAUUAUGCAUAUAUUGUGUUGUAUUGAAAGACUUUACAUUACCAUAUCUGUUGUAUAUUAAGGAGGAAGUCAAUAUCAGGAGGCCUUCAUUUGUACCACCAUUUCAUGCCUUGGUUACCUGUAAAUAAUCAAAAUGAGGAUGCUCUUAAUAAAAGAAGGAAAUCUUAUGUAUAGCAAUGCUGCCAGUCUGUUACCAGCAAAUACUGAGGUAAUAAGAGUACUGAUUUAAGUAUGUAUGCACACAAAGAGAUUUAUUAUAACAUAUUUUUGUUGUAAUAUAUAUAAUAAAACAUCUGCAAAAUACAAAUAAUAAAUUUACAGUAGAGAAGAUGAAUAUAUAUUUGUUGUUUGCAUUUUGCAGCUGUUGCACACAGAAAGAUAAGUAUGAUGUUUUGCAGACAGCUUACUUCUCAGUUAUAGUGGCUUGGUGCAAUGUUUCAUACAGCAGCACCCACCCUGCAUUUUUUGCAUUAUACCUUGAAUACCCUACUAAAGACAUACCAUUUAUUGUUGAAGUUGUGCCCAAAAUGACUCCUAUUAAAGAACAAUAUUCAUUGUGUGAACAUAUGUAACUUAACAUAACAAUAUCAAAUAUGGCUAAUCCAAUUUAUGGUUGGGUUUGCGUAUACAGUAUACCUAUCAAUUAAAUCAGCCUGACUAUCACCAUGACCAGUGCCCAGAAGCAGAGGUUAACAGCACAUAUUUUAUUAUUGAUAAGAAG